AUGGCUGUGGUAACUGUAGAGCUAGAAGUCACUUCUUCACUUCCUGCUCCCAAACUUUUCAAAGUCUAUAAUGACUUCGACACAAUUGCACCUAAGGUUGAACCAGAAACUUACAAAUCCGUCAGCACCAUCCAAGGUGAUGGCGGUGCUGGAACCAUCAAGAGCAUUACAUACGGUGAUGGUAUUCCAUUCACAAGCUCAAAGCACAAGGUUGAUGUCGUUGACACAAACAACUUUAGCUACAGCUAUACCAUCUUUGAAGGUGAUGUCUUAAUGGGCAUAGUGAUCUGCUCAUCAUCAUAUAAAGUUUUUACCUUCUAG